AGACGGGAUGAGAUGAGAGUGUACACUUCUGCAGUUCUUGGUAUCUUGGUUCUUCGUUUGGGUGUCUUGAGAAGCAUAGCCAAAGGAUGGAAGCAGUGAGUGCCUGGGGUAACACGCCGUUGGCGACGGUGGAUCCAGAAAUCCACGAUCUCAUUGAGAAGGAGAAGCGUCGCCAGUGUCGGGGAAUAGAGCUUAUAGCGUCGGAGAACUUCACUUCCUUCGCUGUCAUAGAGGCGCUGGGGAGUGCCCUCACCAACAAGUACUCCGAGGGUAUGCCUGGCAACCGCUACUACGGUGGCAACGAGUUCAUCGAUCAGAUUGAGAACCUGUGCCGUUCUCGCGCCCUCGAGGCCUUCCAUCUCGAUCCCUCCCGAUGGGGCGUCAACGUCCAACCCUACUCCGGUUCUCCGGCCAACUUCGCCGCCUACACUGCCGUGCUCCAGCCCCACGACCGCAUCAUGGGUUUGGAUCUCCCCUCCGGCGGCCACCUCACCCACGGCUACUACACCUCCGGUGGGAAGAAGAUCUCUGCCACCUCCAUUUACUUUGAGAGUUUGCCUUACAAGGUGAAUUCCACCACCGGAUUCAUCGACUACGAUAGGUUGGAGGAGAAAGCCUUGGAUUUCCGGCCCAAGCUGAUCAUCUGUGGUGGCAGUGCCUACCCCAGGGACUGGGACUAUGCCAGGUUCAGACAGGUAGCCGACAAGUGCGGUGCUCUCUUGCUUUGUGACAUGGCUCACAUCAGUGGUCUUGUUGCUGCUCAGGAAGCUAACAAUCCAUUCGAGUACUGUGACAUUGUGACCACGACGACCCACAAGAGCUUGAGGGGUCCUAGGGCCGGUAUGAUCUUCUACCGGAAGGGACCUAAACCGCCGAAGAAAGGGCAACCCGAGAAUGCAGUGUACGAUUUUGAAGACAAAAUCAACUUUGCGGUGUUCCCUUCCCUCCAGGGUGGUCCUCACAAUCACCAGAUUGGGGCACUUGCGGUUGCACUGAAACAGGCUGUGAGCCCAGGAUUCAAGGCAUACGCGAAGCAGGUUAAGGCAAAUGCAGUUGCACUUGGUAAUUAUUUGAUGAGCAAGGGAUACAGUCUUGUCACCGGAGGAACUGAGAAUCACCUUGUCUUGUGGGAUCUCCGUCCUCUUGGCCUAACUGGCAACAAGGUAGAGAAACUUUGUGACCUCUGCAACAUUACUGUCAAUAAAAAUGCUGUCUUUGGUGAUAGCAGCGCAUUGGCUCCUGGAGGAGUACGAAUUGGUGCCCCAGCCAUGACUUCUAGGGGGUUGGUUGAGAAGGACUUUGAACAGAUCGGAGAGUUCCUUCACCGUGCAGUUGUUCUAACGCUGGAGAUCCAGAAGGAGUAUGGCAAGCUUUUGAAGGAUUUCAACAAGGGCCUGGUGAACAAUAAGGCUAUCGAAGAUCUCAAAGUUGAUGUUGAGAAAUUUUCAGCCUCCUUCGAUAUGCCUGGUUUCCUAGUAUCUGAGUUGAAGUACAAGGACUAGCUAGCUUCAAAAUGCAUCUCUUCAUCAUAAAUCUUUUCUUUUCGGUGUCAUGUACACAGCUUGUUGGUUUUUAAGUUCAUUCCUCUGUUUCUGUUUUUAUUAUAUCUAUACCUUAUCAUUGUCAUUCCUGCAGCUGCAGCAGCAGCAUGAGAAUCAUUCUGGCAAAUUCAUGUUUUGGAAAAUAAAUUCUAUUUUGGGAC